AUGCUCCCAAAUAGCGACCCUCAUUCUAAGGCCUUUUGGUCUCCCGACCCCGGCUUCACCCAGCUCAUCCAGGGCAAUUGGAACGGUAAGCCUGUCGAGAAGGAGGUCUUGACCCUUUCCAGUCCCCCGGUUCAAAACACCUCGGUCUAUGCCUUCGGGAACAUCUUUCUUUCCACCACCCGUGAUGACUACGCCAGAGAACUUAACAUCGACCUGUCCAUCAUCCCAGACAUUGCCAGUCAAGUGGACGAGCUGGUGAAGGCCUACGGACAAGCCAAUGCCGAUAGCACUGCCUUCCGCGACACAACGUGGAAAAGUCUCGUCGAUCUCUCUGGUAAAAUAUACAACUUCACGAAGAUAGCGGGAGGCACGGUAGAAUCUUCCUACUACGCCGCUAUCAUGCAGUCGCUAAAUGACUACAACACCGCCAAAAAGAAGAGUCCCCCCGACACCGGAAAGAUGAAAGAGGCAGCAGAAGCGAUUGUCGAAUUCACCGAAGACCUCCUGACAAGAACGGCCGAGCUUGUUGCCAGCGGCAAGGCUCUCAUCUUAGCCGUGGACGAGUUCAACAGCAGCAUCUACAGUAUGUGGGCGUCGUUGAAUUCCACUCUGGAGGAUAUCAAAAGACGCUUGGACCCGGUGGAGGUCAGAAAUCUCUCAAUCAUCAAUGGUCUUCAGAAGACCUCCUCAGAUCAGCGCGUAGAGUAUCACUACGACGUGAUUGCGUCUGGAGAGGGAGCCUCAUACGCGCGGUGCCCACUGUUUGGCGUCCUCCCUGCAACCCCAACCUCAGCAUACGGUCCCCGCGCAUCCGCAAUAAAAAACGUGAUCCAAACAAUCGAGAACGAAAUCAAAACAGAUGACAAGAAGGUCCUAGCUGCGCGCAGAGUUGCCACUGAUGCUCAGCAGGUCAUGGAAGACACCUACGCAGUCCGCGAGCUAAUCCUAGGAACGUCAGCGGCCAUCAAAGCCAUCCAAGUCGGCUGGGAGAGAAUCGGGACAGACUUACAAUAUCUCCACGAUGCGGCUAAGGGGAAUACGAUUCCUGAUGUUGAAUUUGAUAAGGAUUUCAUCCUGCAGACAAUCGAUGGUUGGAAGCAGUUUGGCACAUCCGUGGAUGCUUUUCGUGAAGCCGCCUACACUGGCCAGCCUGAGCCCAUGACGGUUGACCAGUGGAUUGAAAAGAUUGGCCAAUAG